AUGAGCCGCCUCGCUGCCUUCCUCGGCCUCGACUACAAAGAGACCAACCAGGCCCCACCCCCCUCAGUAGAGAUGGAGGUCCUCUUCUCAGCCUCGCCCGCCUCGGUGACUGGGGCGCCACACGAGAAUGGGCGCGAGUAUGUCGCCACGCCGCCGCCAGAGAUGCUCGCGGACUUGCGCGCUUGGCUCUGCCCGCACAACGCACGCCUCGCCGGCCUCCUCCUCGCAAACGGCCUCGUUCCUUCAGCCUCGGACCUCUCCGCGGAUCUGCCGUGGGCGGCCGCGCCGCCAGGCGGGCCGACGAUUGGAUGCGAGCCCGCUCCAGCCGGCGCAGCGGCACCCUCAACACGCGCGCCGCCGGUGACCACCGCCCAGCCGCCGCUGCCAACAGCCGCCAAUGCGGAGACGCGGCACGCCAGAGAUGAAGGCCACAAGCGGCGAAGGGCGAAGGGGCGACCUAAAAGAAUGAAUGGUGGCUGAGUUGUUGCGAGAUUAAAUUUCUGAUAUAUGUAAAAA